AUGGACAGCAAGCCUGAAAACCCCGGGUCAGAAGAGUGGAGGAUUCUGCUCUGGGGAAAAACCGGAGUCGGGAAGAGUGCAAUAGGAAAUGCCCUUAUUGGGGAGAAUGUUUUUACAUCAGAGUGCUCAUCUGAAUCUGUAACUAUGGAAUGCAGCAAACAGAUAAAACAGUACGAGCAACGAUCUCUGGCCGUUUUUGAUACUCCUGGUCUGUUUCACACCAAGAAAGAAAUUGACCUAAAGAAAUUGCUGCUAGAAAGCAUCAUGAUGAUCCGCCCUGGUCCUCAUGUGAUCCUACUUGUGAUGAAGAAAGACAGGGAAUUGUCAACAGAAGAUAAGAAAGUACUGAAAGCCUUCGAGGAGGGCUUCAAAGGUGCAUCACAUCACACCAUGGUCUUGUUCACCCAUAGUACUAAAACAUUGGAUCCUGAAAAAAAAGAAGAAGAAGAAAAAAAAGAUCCUCUGGAAGUGUUCAACAACAUCAGCUCUGUGGAGUCCCACGACUUUAACAUUCAAAUACGAGAUGGUCCUCAAGUUGAAAACCUACUGAAGGAGAUUGAAAAGAUGGUGGAAGACAACAAGAAGAAAGGAAGAGAAUAUUACGAGGAUGGUGUAUUCCAGGAUAUCGAGAAGCUCAACAGUGGAAUAGAGUCUGAGGAAAACCCCACAAAGAAGCAAUCCAAGUUAGCAGAAUUGUGUGCUAUGCUGGAGCAACAUCUUCCUCUGUAUCCAAAGUUGAAGCGUUUUCUUCAAGUUCUGGAGGAUUUGGCAAUGGAUAAUAUGCCAAAGCAGUGA